CAUAUCUCUAGUCAUGUAUCUCUUUGAAAAGGUUUCUUCAUGACGAUUCAUCGAAGAAUCGUGACGGAAUCUUAGUCAGCAAUCGGUAUCGCUUAUGCGCGGGAUCAAUCUUAUUGAAAUGCGAUCAGUCAUGAAUAGUUAAUCAAUCUCAGAUUGAAAUCGUUUAUCAAUUCAACCGGAAUACACCAACAAAUCUGUAUUGUAAUCUUUAGUGAUUUUUCAAGAAUUCACAACAUGAGACAAGGAGGAUAGCCAUGACCAAUACAUCCGUUUGAAGCUUCACGAGCUAUGAGAAUAUAGGACAAAGAAGAGAUAUCCUGGACGUGAAGUUAAGCAGUUUCGACAAGUUCCUUUGCCGCGCACACGGAGGGGAACAAUUUUUCCUUUUUAACGGCGAUCUCUCUUUUCGUGUGCAUUAAACGAAUUUCUACGUGGAAGCAUUAUGGGGUCCAAAAUGGGAUCUAAAAUGUUGAAAGACGACGACGAGAAGGAGAAUAUGAGGCUAUUUUGCGUGAAGAACGACGACGAAUCGUCGACGAUGAACACUAAAGAUGGUUUUAGAGGGGGCAGGAAGCAGGAAGUGGAUCGCUUCGGAUACUAUCAAAUGAUCAUGUUCGCGAUAAUCAGCUUGCCUCUGUUCUUGUCAGCAGGAUUCACGCUUGCCUACGUGUUUACAGCCGGGGAAGUUAAAUACAGGUGCACAGUGCCAGGAUGCGAGAAUUCGUCGAACACGCAAUUCAACGUGCCUUGGAUGAUUGAUUCCGUCCCGGAUGUAUCCGAGACGUCCAAAUGCAUCCGUUAUGUCGUACAAAAUCACACAGGGGCGUGCACAAACGAAACUUUCAGUAAUGUGACCAAAAAGUGUGAUUCGUGGAUCUACGAUCCAUCGGAGAACACGAUUCAAAGCGAGUGGGAUCUCACUUGUGAUACCAAUCGAUGGAAACUCACUCUUGUGGGCACGGUGAAUAACAUCGGUCAGUUCGUCGGGUUGAUCUUCGCCGGUUAUAUAUCAGACAGAUAUGGAAGACGCACGAUACUGACGCUCACCACAUCCCUGAGCGGAAUCAGCGGUCUGAUACAUUCCUUCUCCGUGAAUUAUUGGAUGUUUCUCGCGUUCGAAUUUAUCGACGCGACUGUCGCGGCCGGUAUCUACAGCGCUGGAUUUAUUUUAGGGAUGGAGAUGGCAGGGGUAAGAGGCAGAGUAUUAGCCAGCACAAUUAUCUGCUGCAUGUUCGCAGUCGGUGAGAUGUUACUCGGAUUGAUAGCGAUGUGGCUUAGAUCAUGGAGAUUGAUCCUUCGCAUGGUGUACGGACCGGCAUUGCUUGCCAUUUUAUUGCCAGUCCUUAUCCCAGAAUCAGUCAGGUGGCUAUUGGCGAAUGGGAAACACGAAAAGGUGGAGAGUAUAUAUCGAAAAAUGGCGCGUAUAAACGGGCUUCAAAUCUCAGAAGAGGCGAUCGGAGCGUUCAAAGAUUUGAACAUGGUGAAGACUGAGAAGACGGAUCAAAUAGUAACCGAAAAGAAGUCACCGAUUAUGCAAAUAUUGAAUAGCUCGAUGAUGCUCACUCGGCUAUUGGUGUGCUCGUUUUGCUGGUUGACAAACACUUUCGUCUAUUAUGGAUUAUCGUUGAACUCGGUGGCUUUCGCUGGUGACAAAUACGUUAAUUUCAUAUUGGUCGCCAUCGUGGAAAUCCCGGCUUACUUUUUGACCUGGUUUCUGACCGAUUACAUCGGCCGUAAAACUACUCUCUCCUCGUCUUUCUUGCUGAGCGGAGCUUUUUGCCUUGCUAUACAAUUUGUACCGACAGAUUCAUUGAGCUUUCUACCAUUGAUUCUGUACAUGGGCGGGAAAUGGUGCAUUACGAUGUCCUUCUCGACGAUUUACAUUUACACAGCGGAACUGUUUCCUACAAACUUGAGACACUCCCUCCUUGGAAUUUGCAGCAUGACUGGCCGCAUGGGGUCAAUAUUGUCACCGCAAACUCCUCUUUUGGCACAAUUUAUGCCCGAAUUACCAUUGAUACUUUUUGGAUGUAUGGCGCUAUCCGCAGGAUUGCUCUCUUUGUUCUUCCCGGAAACGUUGGGGACGAAACUUCCGGAUACGGUGUGGGAGGCAGAGAAUAUCGGUAAAGAGCAGCAGAAGCAGGAAUUGCAAGAUUUGCCGUCUUAAGAGCGGACGAAUAUACCGGGACGAGUUAUAAAUUCGACACGAAAAAACGUAUAAAAAUGAAAGAAAGACAGAGAAGAGACGAGAAUUAAGAAGAAAUCAAAUUGAGAAAAAAUGAAAGAAGCAAUGACUUUCAAAAGUUUCCCUUUCUUCCGGCACGAAGACUAUCGACCGUGACUAUUCCAUUCGUGGUUUGAAAGCUCGCGAGAGAGAG